AUUUCAAAUCAGGUUUAUCGUUUAUUUAUUUUUCAAUCUGCUCAAUUUAUCUUUUCGGAUCACCUGCAACACAUCGCUGAAAGACGUCCUCAACCCGGAAACAACAAGGCAUAAUCGAAGAAAACUGUCAAAUCUACGGGCUUUACCUUUGAACGCCACUAGUCAUCAGAUCCCGUGUUAUCACUUUGGAAAGUGAUUAGAAUAGAUUUGAAUCACCCUGAACGGCAGUCGUCUAGGACACAGCAACUCGCAUUCUGUACCUGUAUGGCCACCGUGAAUGACGACCAUCCUUUGAGGCCGCCUCGUUGGUACAAAGAGUUUAGGCAACUAGUGCGCCGCAAUGAACAGGAGGCGGUCGAACGAUGGCGGACUCAACUGGAUCACGCAAGGAGAAUCGAAAUUGUUUGGACGGCUGCAAAAAGUAUCCAUUUGGAUGUGCUGGAGUGGUCGCUAUUAAAACAAAGACCUUGGAUUGACGCCAACGAUUUACGGGAUGAAGCGGGACUGUGUCUCCUUCACGACAUUGGCUCCAAUGUCUACGCUACCGUCCACAAAAUGUUGGCCGCAUUCCAGUUGUUGGUCCAACGCGUCGGGUGUAGAGUCGACGUCCAGGAUCCGGAUGGACGGACCGUCCUGCAUUGCGUUUGUGGAUCUCACGUCAAACGUAAUCGACGUGGACGGCAAGUUUACAUUCGGCUUUUGAAGCUCCUAGUCGACGCUGGUGCAAAUGUCAAUGUCCAGUUCCAGGGAAUCACGCCUCUUCAUUUGCUUCACGAAUCGCCCUGGGCCAUGAGAUAUUUGCUGUUGAACACUCCCGCCCUUGCCGACGUUCAAGACAAUUUCCAGCGCACGCCCCUUUUAUGGAGUUUGCGCAAUCCACACCUGCCAGCUGUGCGGAGGAUUCCCGUUUCCAUCUUCCGUGGGCGGAUGAGUUUCACGCAGUCCGAUUACAUGGGUCAUUCUCUCAUCCAUUACGCUGUUCUGCGGGCCCAAUCCGAUAAAUUAGAAGAUACGGUCAGGUUGAUCGCGAGACUCGUCGACGCUGGCGCCGACGUCAAUCAUCAAAAUCGACGACUCCGCACGCCCAUGUUCUUCCUCGUUCACAAACCCGACAUGCGACAACUGGCCAAAUCGUUGAUCCAGCGGUUUAACGCGGAUGUUAAUCUCGUUGAUGCCGAUGGUUUCACCGUCGUUCACAUUGCAGCCAUCCUGGGCAGACUCGAUUACGUCACUUUGUUCUUGCCCUAUUUAAAGAGCAACGUGAGGACCAUCAACGGCGAAACAGUGCGCAGUUGCCUGGAACAGUAUUGCGAUCCAUCUACUGUGACAUCAGAGGUAGAGAAUCUCCUAACGGCCAUGGAACGGAAAGGCGAACGCAAAUCAUUACGCGUCUAUGCCAAACCGUACACAGUGUGGGAGUACGUCCACCAACUCGAUCGCUUCCGUGAUCUUUUGUCACUUUACAUUGUCGACACAUUCUUCCGAUAUCGAGGAGGCCGGUCUUUGUUUAGCGAUUUUUUCCAUCACAUUAGUCACAGUGCAGCUAUUAAACGAAGAGCCAAUGAUUUUUUGAACCACGUUUCUCAAUGGAACGGAUCGUCCAAAGCGCUCCAGGAUAUUAUUGACCAAUAUUCGGUUGUCAUUCACGAAGAUUCGGCGAAAAAUGUGGACGAAUCGUCGCAAAUUGCACGAGCAGUUCGGCAAACGGUUCAAAAAUUAAUGGAGCAAGUGCGGAUCAAAGAUGAACAGAGCACCAAAUUCGGAUGGCAAUUGGAUGUGUUGCCGGUUGGAAGUGCCGUGGACGGCAGUAAAAUUCUGCUUCCAGAUGAAUACGAUUUCCUUAUCGUCUUUCGUCGUUUCCCGGCCAAAAACAAACUAAUCUCUCUCGGUGAAGAUUACGUCGCUCACGUCGAACAAUUUCGACUCUUCUUAGUCCUUUGCAUGCAAGAAAUGGAUGCAAAUUCACCUGACAAGCUUGGAUUCCAGUUUGUUGAUUGCGAACUGCGUCGCGUUUGCCUUAAUAUACGGAUGACGUGGUGGGGUUCGGCUCGCAAUAGCCCCUUCCGUGGCUUGGCCAUUAGCGUCGAUUUAACGCCUGUCUUCCAUUUCAUCGGAUGGGAAAAUCAAAGUGGAUUCCGACCCCUUCGUCCCCUGGAAUCGUUGCCUGAUUGGUUUCAACGCGAUCAAAUUAUCGAACAUUUUCGUCCGUUACACAAUUGCGUCACAGUUCCACCGUGCGCUGCUACAAUGGAGGCCCGUUGCCUAAGUCAUUCGUCUCAUCGGCUCUUCCAGUAUUGCCUGCGACUCUUGAAAUUAAUUGUUCAAAGCGAUUACAUUGUCCAGGAUGCAACCACACCAAAUUCGCAUUUCCUGAAAGUGACGCUUCUCAAUUAUAUUCAAGAGCAAGGCCCACCCGUACAAUUUCACGACGUGGCACGCUAUGUAGCCGGAAUCUGCCGGAAGCUGAGAGAAACCGACUGGCGUUGGGAAAUUGGAUAUUUUGUAGCCGAUGCCAGAAUGGCUUCUCCUGUCAUUUCUCUCAAAGAUGAACUCUUGUCUGUUUUGAAUAGGGCUCGCUCUUCUCCAUUCUCAUUUCAUGAUUGUACUUUGCUCUAGCUGUUUUUUUCCUUCCAUGACUGUUUUCAGUUCAACGGAUAGUUGGUUCCAGUUGUUUCUUGUUUCUUUUUUGUUGUUGUAGUAUUUAUUUGGGAAUUUUUUUAUAUUGCUAUCUCUCAGACAUGUAUCGCCUUUCCAUUGCGAAAUGUAUUGGUUUCUGGUGCAAUUGCUCAAACCAAAAUCAUAUUGACUGAUUAGUUUACCAGUUUUAUCCAGAUAAAACUAACACACAUUUCUCCCCAGCUAUCAUUCCUUGUUUACUCUCUCGUCCUCAAAAUCACGCCUCGUUUAGAUUCGAAGUUGACAGCAACGCUAACUGUAAAUAAAGCUCUUCUUUUAUUUGGCCAUAAUCAAAUGUACUAAUGCCCUUUCUUGUUGCUU